AUGGCUACCCCUAGUGUCCUUACCUUUGAUGCUGAGGGCCGUGUCGUUGACUUUGAGGUCUGGGUCGAUGACCUCCAGCUGUUUCUCCAGUGCGAUACGGCAGACGAUCUCUCUCUGUUCUAUCUCACCUCCAGUGUCUCUACCCCCCUGUCUGGUACUGCUGACAGCACUGUUCGCUCACAGUGGGCCACACGCGAUGCUGCUGCUCGCCUUGCUAUGCGUCGCCACUUACCGACCACUGAGCGUGUGCACUUUAGCCAGUACAAGAGUGCUAAGACCUUGUACGACGCUGUAGUUGCCCGCUACUCCUCCCCUGCCACUGCUGCUCUUAGCUGCCUCAUGCUGCCGUACCUGUUCCCUGACCUUGCUGCCUUUCCCACAGUCACUGACCUCAUUACUCACCUUCGCACUAGUGACAUUCGCUACCGCGCUGCGCUUCGUGCUGAGUUCUGUGCCAAGAACCCUUCCCCCAUGUACAUCACCCUCUACUACAUAGUCACCCGCCUCCCUGACUCCCUUCGCUUAGUCAGAGACCACUUCCUCUCAGUUUGCCCCACCACACUGACCGUCAACCUCCUCGAGGAGCGCCUCCUAGCAGCAAAGAAGAGCAUACUUGCUGUAGGAGCCUCUCGUGGUGAACCUUGCACCCCCGUCUUUGAGGGGUGUUCCCCCUCCCCCCUCUUGCGCUUUGUUGCUUCUGCUACUGCGGCCGACCUCGUUGGUUUCGAGUCGGUCGGCGCUGCGUCUGCCCCAAGCAGGAGGCGCUGCACCGGCAAGGGCAAGGAGGGCAAGGGCGCUGGAGGGGCUGGCGGGGGCGGUGAAGGUGGUGGUGGAGGCAGUGGAGGGGGUGGGGGUGGUGGUGGGAGUGGUGGUGGGGGUGGAGGUCGCGGUGGGGGUACUGGUCCCUGCACCUACGUUCUCCGUACCGGCGACCGCGCUGGUAAGCAGUGCGGGUGCCCGCACUCCACCUAUCGCUGCUUCGGCCGCCUAACGGACGCGUGGCGUCACCAGUUCCAUGAGGCUUCUGAGAUCCCUCGCCGGGGAGAGCUGUCUAGGGCGGGGGUUGCUAUCUUUGAUCUUGAUUUUGACACUAUUCUCGCUGCCAUGUAUGCUGUGACUGAUAAUGUUGAGGGUGACUGUUACCUGUGUGUUUCGCCUGACCCGGGCAUAGGGGCUGCUGCUCUAGGUACUGGUGAGGCUGCUGCUCUAGGUGCUAGUGCGUCUGCUGCCCCAGGUGCUGGUGAGUCUGCUCUCUCAAGUACUACGUCGGCUCAGGCCUUACACACCUUCACCCUUGACUCGGGUGCUUCCCGCUCCUUCUUUCGAGACCGCACCACGCUUACGCCGCUUAGUCGGCCGGUUGCGGUCUCCCAAGCGGACCCCUCUGGGGGCCCUAUCCUUGCUUGCUUCUCCACUGUCUUACUGUGUCUGGCAGCCCCCUCUGGCACCCUGUCAGGUCACUACCUCCCCUCGUUCUCUACAAACUUGGUGAGUGGAGCUGAUCUACAGGAUAGGGGGGUUGACCAGUUCACUCCUGCGAGUCAGCGGGUGACCCACUGCACGUGUGCUCAAACAGGCCGACACUUGGCCACAUUCACCCGUCGGCUGGGGUCGAGCCUGAGACUACACAGAGGGAACGAGGGGAGUGGGAGGGGAACGCGGGGUGAGGAAGGGGAGAGAGGGGCGUGGGAGGUGAGAGGCGCAUGGGUGAAAGUGAGGCAUAUGGAGGGGAGGGAGGGGCAUGGAGGGGAGAGAGGGGCAUAG